AUGAGCGUUGCGCUACGGAUAUACGCCAGAAUAUGGGUCAUCAAGGCGCCUGGGUGGGACGAUGCGGUCAUGCUCUGUGCCUGGGGAGGAUGGAUCUCAUUCGUGAUUCAGGCGCGGUACGGCCUUGGCAAGCACUUCUUGACCAUUGAUAAGAAGUAUGACUACGUCGUGUUCAACCACGUUGCUUUUUGGCAGGCCAUCAUCUCCGCCGCCGGGGCUCUCAUGUUUCUCAAGGUUUCCAUUGCCCUGAGUCUCUUGCGCUUGAGUAAAACUGGAUGGUACAAGUGGGCAUUGUGGUCAACAAUUGCUCUUGUCUUCUUCUACUCGAUUGGUGGCAUGUUCCCAUUUUUCCUUCACUGCAAGCCCAUGUCAGGAUUUUGGGACAGGAACACGACACCACCUCCAAAAUGUAAGGAUGGCAAUAACAUCAAUCUGUUUGGUAUCAUCAACACAGGAUUCAAUAUCUUCACCGACGUAAUUCUAGCCACCCUGCCCGUGCCAAUCAUAUGGAACCUGCAGAUGAAGCGCAAACUACGUCUCUACGCAAUUGGGAUCCUGAGCUUGGGGUACUUGUGA